AUGGGAUUGAUUAAUGUUAUCCUGCUACUUCUGCUGUUCAUCAUUCACCAAACUUAUGGCCUUAAAGAUGAUUUUAACUUCAAAACUCAUUUGCCAGACUUGGAAAACCGCCAGACUAGUGCAGAAAAAUUGAAGUUGUUGACUUAUUUAAGGGAUUUCCAUUCAAAGGAUAAUCAAAAUGAACCCAUGGAUCCUUUCCAGUUUCAUAUAAUGCUCAGUGUUCCCGUGCUGAAAACCCUCGCUCAAAAGAAUUCUUAAGUCUUACAAACUUGAUUUGUAAAAGUUACAAAAAGUGUAGAAUACUUCCGUUAAAUUUUUUAAAAUGCCUCAAAGUACGCAUUAAAAAUAAUCUACAAAUCCAAACACGUUUCUAUAAUCGACCUAUCGGAAUGGGUUCAU